AGCUAGAGCUGACAUUUUGAUUGACAGGGAGAUGAGCGAAUAACAUAACCGAAUAUGCUUUUGGACGUUUCCUUGAUGACACGGUCAACAAUAUGGCGCCGUCCAUGGAUGACAGAAGUGCAUCAUCUGCUUGUUGAUGUGUAUUUUCGUUUAAAUGUUUUAUAUGUUUGCAAGUACAUUUAACAAACCGUGAGGCAGCGUCGGUUUCUGAAUUGGCAGUUCAUCUCUAUCGUGCUCGUCAGUUGACUUGAAACCAUUAAGGACCUGUGUUCAUCGCCUGAACAGCAGCCAUGUCUGGGCCAAAUGUCUGGAGUCGCACUCGAGAGAAAAUUAGACAUUUCCCCGAACUUUUCGCACAGUGUGCAGGAGAGGCAGCAGGGUAUGGGAAGUGUGUUGCAGCUACCACAACAGGCAGACAGGAGCUGAGGAAGGACCUGUGCGCCAAGGAAUUUGAAGCACUGAAGACCUGCUUUACAAAUGCAGUACGUGAUAAGGCCAAGAAAAGAGCCAAAUGAAAGAAAACUGUCAUGGCUCUGUUGGAGCGGACCUACCUGGACCGUCAAAUCAGCUGUUCAUUGCUGAGAGAGAAGACAUGAAGUUUCAAGUGUUGAUUGACUUGUAGUGCUGAACGAAUAUUAGUUUAUCUUGAUGAUAACAUAGCCCUUCUUCUACUUGGCACUGUGAAUGAACUGAAUGUGUUUGGUGUGUUUAAAAUUCACAGACACCUUUUCAUGACUUUGUUUAAUAUGCAAGACUGAUACAGUUCUGUAAUAUACAGAGGCGAAUAAAACAUUGCUGAUAGUCAUUAUAGUCUGAACACAAACCAACAGUGAUGUAAGUCAGAGAUGUUCUUAUCAGCAAAAUGUACAGAAAUGCAAUGCACAUAGAAAAAUAGUCAUUAAAAUAGCCUUUUGUACAAAACAAA